CUCAGCUGUAAUUUCUAAUUUCUAGUCAUCUUCUUUUUAUUUUUCUCUUUCCAUUGCCCCUGGUGCUGCGCUGUCUGUGUUUUUCUUUUAUUUCUUUUUUGCUUUCUAAACAUUCCCGUCGGCCCCCCCUCCCACUACCACGCCACUGGGGAGGGGGACCACUACACUACACUACAGCGCACAGCACCCACCAUCACAGCAGCCGACAGCGCUAAGCAAAGCCCACUGCAACUCUGCCCGCCGGCGCUGCCCCUUGGCGCCUCCCUAAGCUCGCAGCUUUCUUCUGCCGUCCGUUUCCCCCCGUCCGUCUUUCUCCUCUUCCCUCCUGCAACGGCGACCAAACAACAAAAACUCUUCAUCCUUCCAACGAUCCAACCCACGACGAUUCAGCCAAAGGCGAUCUUAUCUGCACUGCAUCUGCCAGCGCAUCCUCUCUUGUGAGAUUCUUCUAUUUCUCAAGAGCACCCGCGACCGCUGCCUCAACCCGGCAAGCCUCAAACGACGAUAUUUUCUGUUUGCCUCGCAGCAGAAAUACACACAGCGACUACAGGGAAUCCAUUCUCCCUCUGCAACGGACAAGGCGACUAGAAGGACACUCUUCUCCUUCUCUCUUCUUUCUUAAUUCAAAGCGACCGAUAUAUUUAUUCUUAUAUCUGGGUCUUCUCUUUUCACAGCAGCACUUUUCGCAACACGCCUCGUGUUCUUGACUCUGCUGUAGCUGGGAGCAACUUUUUUUUGGUGAGUCCGCACUUCCCGAGGGGCAACGCGCCAGCGCGCCCGCCCAGCAAUUUUUCCUCCUCCCUGCCUGGUGCGCGCACGAACACAGCCUGCCAGCCUGCCCACCCAACAAACGCUCCGCACGACCUGCGGCCAAGAGACAUAAAAAAAAUGGUGCAAACAAAAUGGCAAAUGCAAUCACCAGCGAUUCUAUGGGAACAUGGAAAAUCAUUCUCUUCUUUUUUCUCUGCGGCUUGGACCUGGCGACGCUUGCUUGGUCUCCUCCACGUGUUGGUCUCUUGCUUACGAUAGGCGCUCUCUGCUGGGGCGGGCUCCCCCACUCGCUCACCGAGUUGAUGGUGGUCGCCACCACGCGCGGUCUGAGCUAGUUGUUUGACCCCUCUUCGGUCUGCCGCUAUGCCACCAGAAGAUGACGGUGGAAAUUUCCAGACCAAAGGUUGCCAGUGGCCAAAACCAGAUCGCGACAGUUGUCGUUGAGCAGGCAAACAAACAAGAGGCGGCAAGCGACGACGGUGGCGGCGAACACUUCCUUUUGCGAUUACCAAUUUUCUUUGACCACAGCACACCAAGACAUCAUGCUAACCUGUCAUUGUCCCAUCUAGCAACCCUUCUCUCCGUUCUUCGACACUCCUGGCCAACUGCGUAUUCCCACGAGAAUAGGCUUCUGCGCUCUGUAACUGUCUCGCACGCUUAGUCGGCUCCCCUGCCCCGUCUCUCUCCCCCAAUCCCAUCUAGCUCCGCGCAUUCUCCUCCCCGCGGGAGCUCAUCACAAUGGCCGAUCACAACGAGGUCGAUCUCGACUCUAUAAUUGACCGCCUCCUCGAGGUCCGAGGCAGCCGCCCCGGCAAGCAGGUCCAGCUUCUCGAAUCUGAGAUCCGCUACCUUUGCACCAAGGCCCGCGAGAUCUUCAUCUCCCAGCCUAUCCUUCUUGAGCUCGAGGCUCCCAUCAAGAUUUGCGGCGAUAUCCACGGCCAGUACUACGACUUGCUCCGCCUCUUUGAGUACGGCGAGUUCCCUCCCAACGCCAACUACCUCUUCCUCGGUGACUACGUCGACCGUGGCAAGCAGUCCCUUGAGACCAUCUGCCUCUUGCUCGCCUACAAGAUCCAGUACCCUGAGAACUUCUUCAUUCUUCGCGGUAACCACGAAUGCGCCUCUAUCAACCGUAUUUACGGCUUCUACGACGAGUGCAAGCGCCGCUACAACAUCAAGCUCUGGAAGACUUUCACCGACUGCUUCAACUGCCUGCCCAUUGCUGCCAUCAUUGACGAGAAGAUCUUCACCAUGCACGGUGGCCUCUCACCCGACCUCAACUCCAUGGAGCAGAUUCGCCGCGUCAUGCGUCCUACGGAUAUUCCCGACUGCGGUCUUCUCUGUGAUCUUCUCUGGUCCGACCCUGACAAAGAAAUCACUGGCUGGAGCGAGAACGACAGAGGUGUGUCCUUUACCUUUGGCCCUGAUGUCGUCUCGCGCUUCCUGCAAAAGCACGACAUGGAUCUCAUCUGCAGAGCCCACCAGGUUGUCGAGGACGGCUACGAGUUCUUCUCCAAGCGCCAGCUCGUCACCCUCUUCAGUGCCCCCAACUACUGCGGAGAGUUUGACAAUGCCGGUGCGAUGAUGAGCGUCGACGAGAGCUUGCUCUGCUCUUUCCAGAUUCUCAAGCCCGCCGAGAAGAAGCAAAAGUUUGGCCGCCGCUAAGCAACCCGCUUUUGACGCAUUGGAGUGUACGACCGAUGUCUGCCGUCGUGCCCGUCUUAAUGCACCCCGAACCCUGCCAACACCAGCGUCUUUUGCGUCCAAUGAGACCCGGAUGUCGUUCUCAUCGGCCUUGGAGGCCUUAAAAAAAGUUAACUUGAUGCGCUGCCAGAAAUCUUUGACGACCAAAGUCUAAUCAUGGAAAUGAAAAUCUCGGAAGAAAUGGCAACAUUUCUUUAGCCGCUGCGAAUGGGAUGACUUGUCUCCUCUCUUGAUCGUUGGAGGAGGCUCACUGGCGCAAAAGAGGCUUGUUGGUUCACAGAUGCUAAAUAUUAUCUCCCUCAGAAAAAUAAUUUUCUUUUGACGCCUACAUAAAUGUCUCUUACAACUCAAGUGCAUGUAAUGUAAUCCCAACUCCAUUCAUUUACAAUCUUGACACUCGCCGCUUGCUGGUUCACCCGCGGGCUUCUCCUCGACGGCGCUUGGUUUCGGAUAGUUCUUGUCCACAUGGCCCAAAUCCCGCUUAGGAUCAAUGACGUCUCGCACACGUCUCUUUAACUCCUUUGUUUCCGGGAACCCGCCGUCUACUUUACGGUCCCAAAGCACGGUAUGCGUCGGCGCAGCGGUGGCCGCAUCGCCCACUGUCAGCGUUGAGAUUGUGACUGUGAAGAUGCCGCCUGUAGCAGGCUGUAGCGCGACUUCGCCUAGCGAUGUGGCAAAUGUCGAGAGAAGUUCUUGGGCAAACUACGAGCGUAAAGGGUCAUGUUAGCAUGUAUGUAUAUGUCUCUGUGCGGGAGAGGAGAAGGGGGGUGACAAACGUAGGCGGCUCGUAGGUUCCAUUUGCACUGGGUGCAGAAUUGGAUGGCGAUGCGGGGAAGAGGGGCAUGGAUUUGGCCCGUGGGGGUUGGCGUAGGAGCUGUUUCAGCCAUGAUGGACGCUCUGGGAGGUGGUUUUCUACUGUGAGAGGGGGUAUAUAAAUGUGCUGAUGGGAUGUGAGACUGCGAUGGUUGAGGACGGAUCGGGCUGGUUCGGUCGUUUUAUGAAGCAGUAUGGUGGGGCAGCGAUAACGGCACUACUUUCAAGAAUAGCGUACGGGACAGGUGUUUGUAUAGACACAGAACGAGACGUGUUGGGUUUGAGAAAAAAAAAAUUAGCCAUUGAAGUAAUCUAGACUUAGAUAAAGGGAAGGGACAUUGCAGUGAAAACAUGGUAGUGGCAGACAAUAUCCCCAAAUAGUACAUAUCCGCAGGCUGGCUUCAGACAAAGAGAUCAGAUACAGCCGCAAAGAGUUACAGCUUGCUGCAUGCAGUUUGAGCAAAAAAGGAUAGCUCCCUUCUGCGUAACCUUGAUCCCUUGUGAAGAAGGCGUUCCACCUGCUCUUAUCCACCACCGCCUAUCCAUCCGUCUGGUUCUUGCAUCGCUCGAAAAGGGAAAAAAGAGAAAAAAAAAGAAGAAAAAAGCAACCAGCCCCGUGUUUUUGGUAUUACACAAGAGUGUCCAACGCCGUCUGACAAAGGAAAUCAAAAUAAACGAAGAAAGCAUCCACAGGGAAAUAAACAAAGGUCGGUCAAAAUAAGACAUGAAGGAGAAAGUAGCCGUGCCGUGUCUGGUGCUGUAUGGGUUGGAAAAUGAACAGGUAGAGAGGGAAGCUAGAGCGUUCGGAGCAUCGAAAAAGAGAGUAAGCUAGUGUCCCCAAGGUGGUCGCUUCUUGGCGUGUUUAGUGCCGCAAAGUGACGUGGUCUAGUUGUCUUUCGUUUCAGGGUUCCGUAAUGUCUUUGUUUUUCUUUCGUCGUGGCAGGGUGCGGUUGGCGGGAGCGAGAGUCGAUAACUUCGGUACCUUUGAAUCGCAAGAAAAAUAAGAGACACCGCUCGGUCGUAUUCGUCUGAGUCUUUUACAUGACAACACAGCAGCCGCCGGACUGCUGGGGGGCGUACGGGUCCUCACCACGGGGGACAGCACCCCAGACCGAGGGGACCAUGUAGUCUCUCGUGCCGUUGCAGUAGGAGAUGAUGCUGUUGUUCGAAGACUGUUAGCUCGAGGGACGGUGUGACGAUUCGCCAAAUGCUGCUUACCUCUUGGCAGCGGUGCUGACGGGGAUACGCUCACGCUCCAAGUCCUCGCGGAGGCGCAUGUUGAGCUCUGUCAAGCGACGGAGCUUGAGGUCGGCCAUGGACUGCUUGUUCCUGCGGAACUGCGACGACUCGCCAUCACGGGUGGUGUACUGAGGCAUGUUGAGAUGAGGAGGAGAGAUUCAAGGUGCGCGAAAUGAGGGAAUCGGGUAUAUCGUCGCGGCCGUAUAGCGGCGUAUGGGACUGUUUGGCGACCGGGGUUUUUUUUAAGUCAAAUCCUUCAAUAGGUUCACGUUAGCUGGUAUUCCACGCUCCUUGUCUUGUGUCUCGCGCAGGCUCUCCGGAUUGCUCAACGGCGAGACGGGACCCCUUGUCGGGUUCUGUGGUAUCGGGCGGGGGUGUUGACUGGGCUAGCAAGCGGUUUGGAUAGCGGUUGUAGGGUGCAAGACGACGACGUUGAAGCGACAGCAAGCUAGUAAGAGAAAAUCGUUCAAACAACGUAAGAUGGCAAGAGUCGGCUGUUGCAGUCGUGCUAGCUCCCGAAGGAUUGAGGCAGAAAGCUGCUCUGGGCUGCUCUGCACCAGUUCUGGGCUAGCUGCAAGCCUCGCGAGACCCAAAAGCAAAUCCGCCCCCUUUUCGCUGCCCACCCCGAAAGAACACUGCGGUCGAGACUGUUGUGCGACUUACCGAGAAAAUGGAGCAAGACAAAAUAAACAGGCGACAAUGCGGAAGGCGACAAAGCAAUUGCGUCGGACGUGUCGAUUGGGCGAUGUCGAAGCGGGCGUUCGUGGUGGGAAGGAAGAGGCAGAAGAGAGGUCAGACGGGGGGAGAAAGGGGGAGGGCCAGGAGAAGGAAAAGGCGUUGGGCGGCGGGCUGCAC